GUACUUAGCUAUAACAUUUGUUUUCUCCCUGCUCCGUAAGCGCUGAACGUUCACAACUACUGCCUCGGAAGUGUGCAGAACAACGAAUGGCAGCGCCUCUGCUGCUUACCUAACGAGAUAUCCUGGGUAAACACGGCUACAGCUAAGAGGAAAAUACAGCUCAGAGGCGGAUCCCAGAGAUUAAAGCGAGAGGAGAGUGGUGUGCCGAUUACAUCAUUGGGAAUUCCAGCUUUUCAGGCUGCAGUUACUUGACUGUGACGCAGUACUUGGCGGGUAGACUGUGAUGAGACAGGCCAAGUGUGCGGCGCUCCAGGAGAUGAGAGUACAGAAUGCCCGGGGUCGUCAUUCACGGCCCAGCCUGGACUGGAGAUCUGAAGUCACCAGGAAAGGCUCCCACCGACUGCCGCUCCAGUCUGGAGCGCCCUGCCGCCUGCAGCCCAGCUGCCUCUCGGCCAGCCUGGAGUCUCCUCUCCAGCCCCGCACUGCCAGCUCUGACACCAACGUGAGACUCUAUCUGCUCUGGCGUUCUGCAAAGGUUUAUGAGCACGGGUCCAUAUGUCUUAUUCCCAAUCCCGUCAAUCAAACCAGUUAACGAUAAGUGUGAUUUUCACUUAAAUAUUACUGUCUGCGCCUAGCCAGGUACAUCGCACGUUCCUGUGGUAGCGGUGCUAACUCUGUCAAGCUGGGGCAGAACAGCAUGGCUGACAUGCGACAUUAAAUUAUUUUGUUGAAAGGAUGUCGAAAGUAUCGCAAGCGAGCUGCCUCAAGGACUCAGAAAUGCAACAGCUGCGAUCAGUGUAACCAAUCACGUAUUGUAUACCGAGUGGCUCCCCGUGAGAUGGGCGAGAGUGCAAGCUGGCAUUCUCCGCUCUGCUCAGGGCUUCGAUGCACGGACCGCCCACACCGCUGCUGCAGUCAGAACUUGGGCUCAUACGGAAUGACGGCACAGUGUCCAGUGUUGUACUGUCGGCGCAGCUCUGCCCGCUUCCUCGCCAAGGGCAGCCGCAGCAGUGGCCGCCGUGCUGACAGUCAGCUGACUUGUUGACCUUUUGCUUGUGAAAGUGUGCAGCACACCUCUCGCCGUGUCCAUUAUCGUUCGCUGCAGUUCUCUUAGUGUUUCACUUUCAGUAGCUGCUAGUAGUGAUGAGCAUAUGAGUAGCCCGUGGAAGCUUGUGAGUCAGAGUGCAGACCUCGAGGUGACUGAAGAGCGUUUUGCAGAUUGGUCACCGUGGUUCGCAAAGUGCGACAGGCUGGAGCAGCCGCCCCCCGCGCUCUCAGCUGUGCAGCGCCUGGCAGCCCGCCUCUGGGACUCCGGACUGCCGCCGCCGCCAGCAGCUGGAGCGGAGGAGGGAGGGGGGUGCGCCGGCGCCCUGGCGCAGCUCCGCCGCUUCACGUCGCGCGAAUCCUACGACCUCCUCGAGGAGCUCGACUGCCGGAUCGCUGACGACUGUCUCGACUCCUGCUCUGUACCGAGGUUGAACAACAUGGAAUGGAACGUGACAACGCUGCAAGCGGAUGAUCUGAGGCAUCAUAUCCUGUCCCAGUCAGUGCGUGCUGUUCGACGCAUCGCAAGGGCCACGGUCAGCAGGGUGAGAUGUGAGAGGCGGCGUCGUGUUCAGUUAGUGUGGUUGGAUAAACCUGAGCUGCAGGCCCAGGCGGCUGUUUUGCGGGAACGCUUCUCCAGCUACAGGCGGGACGUGGCGCAGCUGCUCUCACUCAGUGCGACACACGCCUCACAGCUGUUGGUUCCCCUCGCAUUCGAACGUAUGGGUAACCACGCAAGUGAUCAGCAACUCCACGGUUGGAUUAAGGACAUGGAACGUGUGAAAGACAUGCUGCGCACGAAAUUAACCGGAUGUGUACAGGACUUGCAAUUAGCCAGCAAACAGGCGGAGCACUACGAGGUGGAAGAAGACAAGGACCACCCAGGGCACUUGAUACUCAGGCGGCCGCUGUUGAGUGAACGCCUGCUGCGCUAUCAGCCGUGGAGCCCCUCCUUUGACGACGACUACAGUGCGCUGUGCAAGGAGCGGCAGCCAGAGGCGUCGCAAAUGUUCAGCCUCGCUCACGAACUGUACGCCUUCCAUCGUUUCUACUGGUACCAUACAGCUGAGAGCGUCGGUUCAUCCUACGGAGAUGAUGUCAAGAUUGUAGACGAGGAGUGGCAGCUGGAGGACAGAAGCCACGCUACGCUCUCCGUGGACACUGACUGCGUGCAGCUGUUGGUGAACGCCCUGGACCACCCCACGUGUCCGCUGGAAGACCUGCCACUGGAAGCCGUGAAGCAGCGCGAGCGGUGCCGCGAGCAGCUGUGGGACGACGUGGUGCAGAGGUCGCCCCACAUACCCGUCACCAGCUACCUGGCCUACACGCAGAGGGCAAACGUCAACCUCUGUCUGCUGGCCUGGAUGGCUGUCAACUCGUACGGCAUUUGUCAGGACGUCCCGUUCAGUAUGAUACAGUGCGUGCACGAUGCUCGCUGCUAUUUCGAUAGUCCUGAUGAUCAAUCAUGUCUGCAGUCGAACGCUACAGAAGCAAUCUGCUCUGUUUCCAGAGCUAUUCUGUUGCUAAAGUGUCGUGACUUUUCCUCCAUUAAGACUUCCCAUAAUUGUACGUACACUACGUUGCGAUCUCUAUCGGUCGAUAGUACGAGUAGUAUACUGGAUCAAAAGCUAACAGAACAAACACUGAACUACAAAAACAGUUUAACCAACGCCACCUUGAAAUACAAGGAUUUUAAAAUCGACAGCUUGAAGCCUUUAGAAAUCUCAUUUAUAAUGAUAAAUAUCAUUUUCCGUUUUUCGACUGCCGGAGUAUACAUGUACCUUCCCCAGUUACGCAACUUGCCUGGAAAGAUACUCUUGUCCUUUCAGAUCACGUGCAUAGUCCAGAUCCUGUGUUCUGAGGUCGUGUAUCGUAUGGCAGGCGUCCCUGACUUACCUACAGCAGUGCUGAUAGACAGCGCCCUCACACUUCUCAGCUGUUUCUGGCUGAACUCAUUCUGCUACCACAUGUAUGCUUGUGUUCGCCAUCUCAGGCUUCCUAACCAGCUACUACCUGCUGAAGUAAGCCAGUUAUUCCGUCGUGAGGUGCUGUGUGUGCUUAUACCGUGGAGUAUAGUAUGUGUGGCAGCUGUUGCUUUGGAAAAGACGAGUAAAUAUUACCUGAUCCACAGUCGUAUGGUAGUCCUUGCAGGGAUUUCAGUGUCUGUGGCAUUCAAUUUGGUUUGUCUCGGACUGCUUGGAUACAUGUACCUACGUAAUCGAUGCUCCAUGCUGCAACUCGAAAUUGUUGAUAACAAGAAAUUUGCCUCAAAGAAGGAAUGUCUUUUUAUGUCAGUUAAGGCCAUUAUAUUAAGUGGAACAGGAAUUAUUAUUAGAAUUGGGUUCCACCAGGCUCAGGGAAUAGCGCAGGUAGUGUACUAUAUGCAUCUAGUUACGAUGGUGCAAGGACCAGUGCUCUUCGUCUGUUUCGUUUGCAAUGGAACGACGCUCCCCCUACUGAAGAACAGGAUACUUCUUUGGUGGAACCCAACCAACAUCCCUACAGGUCUAGAGCUGUGUUCGGCAGCCGAGAGGAAUCUGGCCAGGAGAAACAAUGAACAGUCUCCCUUUUCAGAAUCCUCGCUGUAGCCUCCUUCAGUAUUUUUCGCAAAUAACUGUCUCCACACCACACUGCAGUACGUCCAGCAAUAAAAAUGGACUCUACCUGGUAUGACAAUAUUAAAUGUCAUUAAGUCUGAUAUCGUACAGCCAGUACUUCUCCUUCCUAACGUCUCCUUCAUUUAUAACUGUGUGCUUAUUUGUGAGUGGUAGCCUCUGUCUACCUAUUCUAAUGCACUGAGACUACUUACUAAAAUUGUUGGGAAAUGCUUUGUGUAUAGAAUAGGCUGCGUCAAUCACACGGCCUGUUAUAUACAAGGAAAACGCAGCACGUUGUCGGAGGAAUUCCCGUUCGUCAGUGUCAUCUACCGUGGCGAUGGUGCAUUUCUGGACACAUCUUCGUAAGACGUUUUUUCUCCGUUUUCCUUCGAGGAUCUGUCUUUGCAGUUUGUCGGUGUUAUUAAUGUAUAAUGUAUGAUAUUAGUAUAUAACAUUAUGUAUGAAACAAGGAAAUUUUCCAUAUGUGUGUGAAAGAUGUACUUUUACAUGAUUUGUAAUUCAAGUACCAUGACAAGAGACAUUCAGAUACUUAUAAAAUCAAAAGAGAAGGGCCAAUGACUGAGUGGUGUGUGCAUGAAAGUGUAAAUGGGUUUGUUCAGCUUAUUAGUGGUUCGAUUACAUAGAGUGGCUCAAACAGGUAUGGUAAUAAAGUAACAGAUGACUUGUUGUGUGAAGUGUGGCUUGAAGUGAACGCAAAGUGUCGAAUGGCAGAGUUAUAUGAGAUUAGCAUUAUUGGGUUUGUGAGACAAGAUGGUGAUUUGUUAAGCUAGAGGUUUGUAAGGGUACUAUGGCAGAUGUUAAAAGUUAAUGUUCCAUGUGCCACUCUUGGGCAAGCAAGAACACUACUUAAAGGCGUAUUUACAGGAACAGUACUGUGGAAGGAUAAACUUGUGCCAGUACUGUGAGUCCUGGAAAACAUGUGCCAUAGUAGCUUCACUAGAAGCGCACAGUACGCAGAAAUUGUUGUGAUUCGUAAUCAAUAGACGAUCUCCCAUUUGUUCAAAUAAAACCUG